UAAGCACCACCUUGCCUGUUUUCCUUUCUGUUCUGCAUCCCAUUGUGCAAGAAAAUGCACCACAACCACAACCUUAACCUUGCAAGGUUGUGGAUUGCUUUGCUUGCGGUCUCAACCACCGUAGUUCAUUGCAAAACUGCCUCCCAAGAUGUUUCAGCCCUUAAUGUGAUGUAUACAAGCUUAAAUUCCCCUUCAAAGCUGAGUGGCUGGAAAUCAAGUGGAGGUGAUCCGUGUGGCGACUCCUGGGAAGGAAUCAAAUGCUCAGGAUCUUCAGUCACAGAAAUAAAUUUAUCUGACCUGGGCCUUUCCGGAUCAAUGGGCUACCAGUUGUCCAGCUUAAAAUCAGUUACCGACUUUGAUUUGAGCAACAACAACUUCAAGGGUGAUAUACCAUAUCAACUUCCUCCAAAUGCUCGUUAUAUAGAUCUUUCUAAGAACGACUUCACUGGAAGUAUACCUUAUUCAUUCUCUGAGAUGGAUGACCUCAACUACCUAAAUCUUGCACAUAAUCAGCUCAAAAACCAGUUGGGCGAUAUGUUUGGGAAGCUCAGUAAACUCAAACAACUGGAUGUAUCAUUCAAUUCACUAUCAGGAGACCUACCCCAGAGUCUCAAAUCGCUCAAAAGCCUCGAGAAGUUGCACCUACAAAACAACCAAUUCACUGGUUCAGUAAAUGUCCUUGCCAGCCUUCCACUUGAAGAUUUGAAUGUUGAAAACAACAAAUUUACUGGUUGGGUUCCUGAGGAGUUAAAGGAGAUAAAUAAUUUGCAAACUGGAGGAAACUCUUGGUCAAGUGGACCAGCACCUCCUCCUCCUCCUGGUACUCCCCCUAUCAAGCAUUCCGAGAAAAAGAAUGAUAAAUCUGUUAUUAGUGGAAUAGCUAUAGCAGGCAUAGCCUUUGGUGUACUAGCAGUAAUUAUAAUUGUUGUUGCUCUUUCUAAGAGAAGAUCAUCAAAAACUUCUUCACAUUUUAUCGAUGAAGACAGGCAUAGCCAGCAUAGAUCUUUUACACCCCUUGCAUCUCAGGAGUUAUCAAAAGAUUCGGGUCAUGAUGUCAGCAAAGACUACAUAGGAUUUAAGUCAAUGGAUUCUACUUCGAUUGACGUAAAGGCUUUGCAAAAAUCUCCAUCAGUUAGUGUUAGGUCAUCAGUCUCCGAUUGUGUGCAAUCCUUUAAUGACAACGAGUUUGCGAAUCGUCUAAAUUCUAAGAGAAGCACAUCAAUCCGUGUUACUACUUUUUCACAUGCAGAGUUACAGUCUGCUACUGCUAAUUUUGCUUCGGGUCGACUUCUUGGUGAAGGAUCCAUAGGAUGUGUUUAUCGGGCUAAAUAUGCUGAUGGAAAGGUAUUGGCUGUAAAAAAGAUCAAUCCUUCGCUUUUGCAUGGUGGUCCUUCCGAGGAAUUCUCUCAGAUUGUUUCAAGGAUCAGCAAACUUCACCACCCAAAUAUUGUUGAGCUUGUCGGUUAUUGUUCGGAACCGGAGCACAUGUUAAUAUAUGAUUAUUUCAGAAAUGGCUCCCUCCAUGACUUUUUACACUUAUCGGACGACUUCAGCAAACCCCUAACUUGGAACACCAGAGUCAGAAUUGCAUUGGGAGCAGCUCGGGCUGUUGAGUACCUACAUGAAAUUUGUUCGCCUCCUUUAUUGCACAAGAAUAUUAAGUCUUCCAAUAUUUUGCUUGACACCGAUCUGAAUCCUCGUCUCUCAGACUAUGGUUUGGAAUCCUUCUACCAGCGUACUGGCCAAAAUCUUGGGGCAGGAUAUAAUGCACCAGAAUGCACAAAACCUUCAGCCUAUACCCAGAAGAGUGAUGUAUACAGUUUUGGAGUAGUGAUGCUGGAACUUUUGACAGGUCGAAUGCCUUUAGACAGUUCAAAGACAAAAGCAGAACAAAGCCUGGUUCGUUGGGCCACCCCACAGCUUCAUGACAUUAAUGCGGUGGAAAAAAUGGUGGACCCUGCCUUGCGGGGGCUUUACCCUCCUAAGUCACUCUUCCGAUUUGCUGAUAUUGUCGCCCUCUGUGUUCAGUCUGAGCCUGAAUUUCGGCCACCUGUGUCAGAGUUAGUUCAGGCUUUGGUGCGAUUAGUUCAACGUUCAAGUAUGACAAUGAGGGAGGAUUUUGAGUGAAGAAGACUUCGAUAGAUGUAUUUUUGGUUUUUCUUUUUCUCCCAUUAAAAGUAGUUGUAGCUUGGACAAGAAAAGCUUCUGGAUUGUUUAAUUUAUUUGUUAAAAUAUUCGUAA